CUGCCGCGAACGAUAAACGAUGCAAUUUCUGUGACAGAGGCACUUUCAAUAUAUUAUCUGUGGAUUGAUGCACUAUGCAUCCAACAGGACGCUGGAGAAGACAAAGAUACAGUGAUUGCGAACAUGCACAAUAUCUACGAGAAUUCAUUCAUUACUAUCGCUGCAGCUAGUGCA